AUGUUACUUUAUCUUAUAAUAGUGACAUUGAUAUUACUGUACUACAUAUCAACAAGAAAAUACAACUAUUUUAAAAAUAAAAAAGUGCCGCAUCUUAAACCUACAUUCUUAUUAGGCAAUUAUGGCGAUGUUAUUCUUCAAAAAAAGAGUUUGGCUGAAGUCGUUCAGGAUAUUUGCAAGCAAUUUCCUGAUGAACCAUUUAUUGGUGCUUACUACGGCACAGAGCCUAUUCUGAUACCAAUUGAUCCAGAAAUCAUCAAGCUCAUCAUGACCAAGGAUUUUCAUUAUUUCCAUGGCAGAGAACUGUCCGAGCACAAUCACAAAGAACCAGCAUCUUUAAAUCUCUUCGCCACUUACGGAGACAGUUGGAAAGUGUUACGGCAAAAUAUGACACCAUUAUUUUCAUCAGCAAAAAUGAAGAAUAUGUUCCAUCUAAUACAAAGCUGUUCAUAUACGUACGAAUCAAUGUUGGACAAAGAAAUUGCCAUAUCCAAGGAGCUUGAAGUCCGAACUUUGACAGCGAAAUAUACCAUAGAAUGCAUUGCAGCAUGUGCCUUUGGAAUAGAUGCAAACACCAUGACUGACGAUCCAGAGAUAAAUGCUUUUGCAAAGCUAGCGUCAUCAUUUACGAAAUCACCAAAGAUCUUAUUUUAUGUUAGAUUACUACGAACCCUUUGGCCAAGUAUAUAUUACGCUUUGGGUCUCAGAAUAUUAUCAAAACAAAUUAACUUUUUCCAAAAUCUGAUUACCUCUGUAAUGGAGCGGAGGGACUACAAGUCGUCUGGACGGAAUGACUUCGUGGAUCUUGUGUUAAGCUGGAAGCUGAACAAUCAGAUAGUGGGCGAUAGUAUAAAGAGUAUUAAAACUGAGGAGUUUCGCCCUGAAAGGUUCCUCGGUGAGGCGAAGAAGACAAUCAAUCCAUAUGUAUACAUGCCGUUCGGAGAAGGACCUAGGGCCUGUAUCGGUAUGCGUUUCGCAAAGAUGCAGAUGAUGGCUGGCCUCAUCACCAUGCUAAAGAAGUAUCGCUUUGAGUUGGCAGAUGGAACCCCAAGUAAACUGCAGUUCAAGCCAGAGUCCUUCAUCACACAUCCCGUUGGGGGAAUUAAAUUGAAAUUUAUUGAAAGAGAUGGUUGGGAGAAGAGAGUUUUUGUGCAGUAG